CGCUGAAGCAGAUCCGCCUCUCCUCGCUUGACCAUCUACUCCCUGCAUCAGGUCUCCUUUUCUAAUAGUCCUACUGGUCGAAACUGUGUCCGCCGAGAGUUAGGAGACAUGAAUGUCCAACCCUGCGCCAGGUGUGGGUAUGUGGUUUACCCAGCAGAGAAGAUCAACUGCAUUGGUCAGAACUGGCACAAAGCAUGCUUUCACUGUGAGGUGUGCAAGAUGGUCCUCACUGCCAAUAACUUCAUCAGCCACCAGAAACGACCAUACUGCCAAGUCCACAACCCCAAGAACAACACGUUCACGAGCGUGUAUGAGACCCCUGUGAACAUCAAUGCCAAGAAGCAGUCGGAGGCAGUCAGUGAGAUCAAAUACCGAGAGGAGGGCGAGCGGUUCAUGUCCACCUUCCACUAUGACAUGAGGUCCAAGGAAGUUGCGCAUGCACGCAGUGUCAGCCAGUUGGCCAGCCAGAAUGCCUACAAGGCUGAGCACGAGGAACAGAAAACGUGGUUCUCCGGGACAGUCUCCAGCCAGGAGGUUAUGUGUAUGAGUCAGGAGCAGAAGAUAACAGGUGAUGUGAAGCACAGCGAGGAGUUGGAGCAGACGAGGGGGAAAGGCAGCUAUCCCGCCAUGAUCACCCCAGCCUAUCAGCAGGCCAAGAAGGCCUCCGGUUUGGCCAGCAAUGUGGAGUACAAGCGAGGACACGAGGAGAGGGUCUCCAAAUUCACGUCGGUAUCCGACACCCCCGAGAUCCUGUUGGCCAAAACGGGGGGCAAGUUGGCCAGUGAGUACCUUUACACGGAGGAGUAUGAACAGCAGCGAGGGAAAGGAAGUUUUCCUGCCCAUUUCACACCUGGGUACCAGGUGGCCAAGAAUGCAGGAGAGAUGGCAAGUGAUGUCAAGUACCAUCAGAAGUAUGAGAGGGAGAUGAAAGGGAAGGGUUGCUCCGAGGCCGGAGCUGCCGAAAUUGCGCUCGCUCGAGAAAAUGCUGAAAACUUCAGCCAGCUCGCGUACACCGAGGAGUAUGAGCAGCGGAAAGGAAAAGGCAGCUUCCCUGCCAUGAUCACGCCCGCCUACCAGGUGGCCAAGAAGGCCCACGCCCUGGCCAGUGAUCUGAAAUACAAGAAGGACCUCUCAAAGGUUAAAGGCUCAGCUCUUUACCAUACCAUGACCACAGAGGACAACCUGGCCUUGAAGAGUGCACGGAAGGUCAACAAGCUGGUCAGCGAGGUUGAGUACAAGAAGGACCUUGAGAACACUAAAGGACACAGCAUCAAUUACUGCGAGACGCCACAGUUCAAGAAUACAACCAACAUCUCCAAGUACACCAGUGAUAACAAGUACAAGGAGAAAUACACCAACCACAUGAAGGGGCAUUAUGAGGGCUGCGGCCCCGACAGAAGAACCUUACAUGCCAUGAAAGUGCGAAACCUUGCAAGCAAUAUUGCCUACAAGUCUGAGUAUGAGCAUGAGAAGGCGGAACAUGGGGAAUACAACUAUCCAGCCACCAUUACCCCAUCCUAUCAGACCCAGAGGAAGCUGGACCCACUGAAGGAUGUGAAUUACAGGCAGCACAUUGACAAGGUGAAAUUCAGCUCCGUGACAGACACUCCCGACAUCGUUCAAGCCAGAAUCAACGCUCAGCAGAUCAGUGAUCUGAGUUACCGGGCCGACUAUGAAAAGACCAAGACCCAGUACACGCUGCCUCAGGACCUCCCCCAGAUCAGGACUGCUAAGGCCAACGCAGAGCUGUAUAGUGACAUCAAGUACAAGGAGAACUGGGAGAAGACAAAGUCCAAGGCGUGUGACAUUGGCGUCGACACGCUGACUGUCCGAGCUGCAAAAGCAUCCAGGGAUCUGGCUAGCGAUAUCAAGUACAAAGAGUCAUUCGUGAAGAACAAGGACAAGGCCGUAGGAGUCAAUGUGAGCGACUCAAAGACGCUGCAUUCGCUGAAAGUGGCCAAGAUGAGCAGUGAGAUUGCCUACAAGAAGGACUCCAAGAAGACACAAAGCAAGUUCCACCUGCCCCUGGACAUGGUGCACCUGAACCAGGCCAAGAAGGCCCAGGCCCUAGCGAGCGACCUGGACUACAGGAAGAAACUCCACGAGUAUACGGUGCUACCCGACGACAUGAAGGUGCAGUGGGCUAAGAAGGCCUACAACCUGCAGAGUGAGAACCUGUACCGGUCCGAUCUGAACUGGAUGAAAGGGGUUGGCUGGGAGGCUGAUGGGUGCAUGGAGGUGAAGCAGGCCAAGAAGGCUGUAGAGCUGGCAAGUGAGAACAAGUACCGUCAGAAGGUGGACAAGAUCAAGUUUACCCAGGUGGCAGACACUCUCUCCUUGAAGCAUGCGAAGAAGAGUCAGGAGCUUCAGAGUGGGUUGGCGUACAAGGCCAACACGGCGCAGACUCUCCACCAAUACUCCAUGAGCAAGGACGAGCCACUCUUCCUGCAGGCCAAGGCCAACGCGGAGCUCCUCAGUGAGAAAGUGUACCGCAGCAGCUGGGAGAAGCAGAGGGACAAGGGCUUUGAGCUGCGCCUGGAUGCUGUCUCCUUUGUCACAGCCAAAGCGAAGCGGGAUUUAGCAAGUGAUGUAAAGUACAAGCAGGAGUAUGAGAAGAUGAAGGGCAAGAUGAUCGGGGUCAAGGGGGUUCGGGACGAUGCCCAGCUGGCGCACUCCACCCAGGCAUCGCGCCUGCAGAGCGAUCGCGAGUACAGACGGGGGUACGAGGACGGCAAGGCCCGGUACAGUGCAUCCCUGGACAUGCUGGCGCUGACCCAUGCACGCAAGGCACAGGACCUGGCCACGGACACGCGGUACCGCAGCGUGCUGCACCAGUACACCACCCUGCCCACGGACCUCGCCGUGACCUGGGCCAGGAAGGCCUACGUCCUUCAGAGUGAUAAACUCUACAGGUCGGACCUGAACUGGAUGAAGGGGGUGGGCUGGGCCACAGCGGGAUCGCUGGAUGUGGAACAGGCCAAGAAGGCAGGAGACCUGGUCAGCGAGAAAAAAUACCGUCAGCAGGUGAGCUCACUGAAGUUCACCAGUGUUGAGGACACCCCAGAGAUGGUCCAGGCCAAGAUCAGCAACAAGCAGGCCAUCGAUAGACUGUAUCGGGAGCAGGGGGAGAACAUGAAGCACCGCUACACCCUGACCGGCGACCUCCCCGAACAUGUGCAGGCCAAGAUCAACGCCAUGAACCUGAGCGAGACACGGUACAAGGAGUCCUGGACCAAACUUCGGGAUUCUGGCUACAGGCUACGCCUGGAUGCUAUACCCUUCCAAGCGGCGAAGAUCUCAACAGAAAUUCUCAGCGAUCACAAGUACAAGGAGGAAUUUGAGAAGAUGAAAGGCCGCAUGAUCGGACUGAAAGGAUUGGAAGACGAUAUAAACAUCUCCCACUACAUCCACGCCGGCCAGCUGCAGAGCAAUAUCCAGUACAAGAAGGACUCGCUGAAAGAACGCUCCAAGUUUCACCUGUCCAUGGACAUGCUAGAGGUGACCCACGCUAGGAAGGCUCAGGCACUGGUCAGCGAUCAGGACUACAGGCUAGCGCUGCACAGUUACACAUCCCUGCCUGAUGACCUCAAGCUCCAGGCUGCAAAGAAGGCCUACAACCUGCAGAGCGAGAAACUCUACAGGUCGGAUCUGAACUUUCUGCGGGGGGCAGCCUGGAUCAGCACUGGAGCGGUUCAAAUCGAAGGGUCGAAGCGGGCCACGGACCUCAUCAGCGAGAAAAAAUACCGACAGCAGCCGUACUCGUUCAAGCACACCUCCAUCGCCGAUUCUCCAGACAUCGUUCACGCCAAGUUCAGCAGCAAGGUCACCAAUGAGCGGCUGUACAAGGAGGCGGGUGAGAACGCCAGGCACAACUACACAAUGACGGCGGAGCGGCCGGAGCUCAUGCAAGCCAAGAUCAAUGCUGCCAACUUCAGCGAGAUCAAAUACAGGGAGUCCUGGCAUAACCUGAGGGCCCAAGGCUACAAGCUCACCAUGCAGGACAUCCCCUUCCAGGCAGCCAAAACAUCUGGUGGGAUUGCAAGUGAUUACCAGUACAAGCAUAACUUCCUGAAGGAGAAGGGCAAGUGCAUUGGGGCUCGCAGCAUCCUGGACGAUCCAAGGAUGCUGCACUGCCUACAGGUGGGCAAGCUGCAGAGUGACAAAGAGUACCGCAAGGAGUCCCGUUCAGCCAGCGGCCAGUACCACUUGUCCCUGGACAUGGUUCACCUGAGCCAGGCCAGGAAGGCCCAAGCCUUGGCCAGUGACCUGGACUAUAGGAAGAAGCUCCAUGAGUACACAGUGCUGCCUGAUGACAUGAAGGUGCAGUGGGCCAAAAAGGCCUACAAUCUGCAGAGUGAGAAACUAUACAGAUCAGACUUGAACUUCAUGAAGGGUGUGGCCUGGAUGACAGUGGGAACACCCCAGCUGGAAUCAGCUAGGAAGGCAGGAGAGCUUAUCAGUGAGAAGAAAUAUCGACAGCUACCGGACAGCCUGAAAUUUACGUCUGUGACAGAUUCCCCUGACAUCAUCCAUGCAAAGAAUAGCUACCUUCAGUGCAGUGAGCGGCUGUACAAGUCAGGAGACUCUGAGGCCCUGCACAGAUACACGUUACCCCCAGACCACCCCGACUUCAUCAGAGCCCGGUUGAACGCCCAACACAUCAGUGACAAAAUCUACAAGACAUCUGGUGAACAGGUGCGGUCGGCAGGAUAUGACCUCAGGCUAGAUGCCAUCCCUUUCCAAACUGCGAAGGCAUCAAGAGAGAUCGCCAGCGAUUUCCGCUAUAAAGAGGCAUUUGUGAGAGAUAAGGGCCAUCAGGUCGGCCUUCGCUGCGUGGAGGACGACCCCAAGAUGAGGCACUCGCUGGCUGUCAGCAAACUUCAGAGCAGCCACCAGUACAAGAAGCAGUCCCAGGAGGAGCGCUCCCACUACAGGCUCCCUGCCGACCAGCCGCAGUUCCUGCAAGCCCGCAAGAGCCAGGCACAAGCCAGUGACUUGAGCUACCGCCAGCGGCUACACCAGUACACCUGUGAUCCAGAGCAGCUCGCCGUGAAGCACGCCAAGAGGGCCCAAGGGCUACAGAGUGAUCUCACCUACAAGUCAGACCUGAACUGGAUCCGAGGAGUGGGUUGGACCCCGCCAGGCUCCCACAAGGUCGAGAUGGCACGUCGGGCUGCAGAGCUGGGAUUGGCUGAGGGGCUGGACCCCGAGCAGGCCAUCGCCCGGUACCAGCAGCUGAUGCAGCAGCAGCAGCAGCAGAGUCAGACAGUAAUGGAGACCACAGAAGAGUUUCAGCAGCCGGGGGUGAACCCAGAUGCCAUGGAAAUUCUUCAUGUGAAGAGGAAGAAGACCAUCCACACAGUCAAAAAGGCCACCGUGUAGAAUCCCCAAAAUAUAUGCAAAGUCCAUCAUCUCGUAUCCUCUGCAAACCACCACCCUCUAUUUUUCACAGCUUUUUUAUAUUUAUUAUUAAGGUGGGAACAGAUGGGUUUGCACUCUGUAAACACUAACAGAACGUGUGCUUUGGAUCAGUUGUGUACCCUGCAUGAGUGUGGAAAUGAGAGCCCUUUGGUAGCUGUCAGGAUGCACAUGGGGGUAAACUGAGGAACAGGGCAAAUCUGCGGGUCUUUAUUGAUCUUUGAUGGUGGUCACCUCACCCCAGGUUUUACUCUGGUACCAAAGGGGAGGUGUUCACUUUGGGGCACUUGCUGAAACUUGGUCUACUCAGAGCAUUUAGCGAGAGACGCAUUCAAGGUGUAACUGGCAGGUUCAGCUUGCAAAUGUUCUGUAACUUUAGUGUAGAACUUCUGUCAAUAAAGACUUUUUGAAGCAACUGCACUCGUCUCGUCACAAACCACUCGGAUGACAAGAACCUUCCCACCAUGUAAAGAUCUAAUUGGAGGGUCAUCAGAGCAUUUAAGUUUACCAAGUGUCCAAAAAGUGUCUGAUCCAGUGUUUUGACUGUAAAAUUAUUUGCAUAUUUAGCUUGUUUGUUGCACUGACUAAUUGUCAGGCCACUCAAACACAGCAGCUGAGUUAAAGGCUUCUUUAAUAGCCUGGUCCGUCUUCCCAGUAACAACUCAGAUCUUAAGUAUUAGCAGAAACCCUAUACUAAAAUCACGCAACCUAAGAUGUAUUUAGUAGUGAUUAAUU